CUUUCCUUUUCUUUCUUUAUUCCCUUUUGUCUUCCCUUCCCCCUUCUACCUUUCCAUCUUUCAACCGCCGUCGACCUCUGGCGCUUCCAACUCCGUCGAGCUCUACCGCCGCCGUCAAGCUCUGCCCCCAUCAUCGUCUGGUUUCCAUUGCAGAAGACCAAGGGUUUCUGUCGUCGAAUUCUCUGGGCAUGAAAGAAGGGGAUAGAAAGUUCAAAGUUGGGUGGAGUAGAAGAAGUGGAAUGAAGAAGAGAAAAAAGAAAAAGAAAAAGAAAGAAAGAGGAAAUAAGGAGGGGGUGGGCAAGAUUGAAGAAUGAAGGGAGGGAGAGGUUGAAUAGAGUGGGGUCGUGGGGUAGAAGCAGGGAAUUAGAAUGGGGAAGAAGAAGAGAUUAAAGAAAGAGGGGAUAGGGAGUUGCGGAGAAAAGAAGUAGAAAAAGAAAAAGGGAAAGUUCCCGAAAUAGGGCUAAACCAUUUUGAAAAUUUCAAAAUAGGACUACCAUGUUUUUAUUUCCAAAAUAGGACUAAUUACUAUCAUGUUUUGGCUGUACCUGACUUCAAACAUGACAACAUUUUCUAAACAUGACAGUAAUUAGUCCUAUUUUGAGAAUAAAAAACAUGUUAGUCUUAUUUUAGAAUUUUCAAACUGUUUUAGUCUUAUUUCGGGUAAUAUUCUCAAAGAAAAAAAAGGAAUGAAGAAGGG